GGACCAAGAGAGGGCGCGGAUCGGGGGCCAGUCAGGCUGGGCUGCUACACGAGGAGCGCAGCGCCAGCAGCGAGGAGCACUGCGACGGCGAGCGAGAUGCGCGCGGGCGCGACAGCUGCCUUGGCGCCGCUUGGCUUUCCCGAGCUGCUCGUCUCGACGCCCGAGUCGAUGACGUUGCCGUUGGCAUCGCGGAUCUCGCCGCCCACGGCGCCGAGCUUGCCGCCGUCGGAUGCGGCAGCGGGCUGCGCCUGCGCCGCAAUCGUCGUGUCGGGCGCCAGCACGGCGGGGCCCCCUUCAAGGCGGGGAGAAUCGUCAUUAAAAAAUCCGGUGAUGGAGAGGGGCGCUGCAUCGAAGUCUGGACCACGCAUGAGCGGUCAGCGAUGCGGCCAGAGGGCGUGGGAGCCCGGCCACUGCCAGCACGCACUCGAGAGCUGCAGCUGCGUCUGCGCACAGAUGCCCUCGGCCGACUGCCGGCGCCACGGCCGGCUUGCGGGCACGUCGCGCACCGAGAACUGGCACGGCGACUGGCGCAGGCCGCGGCGCGUCGUGACGAUGGCCGUGUGAGCCCUGGCCUGGCGGUGUAGAAGGUGGGGGGUCAGCGGCGGGCGGCGGUGAAAGACGGACCCUGCGCGGCGGGG